CCCUUAACUCGGCGGCGGCGGGCGGGGCGCUUCGCUUCGCCCUCCGCCGGCGGCGGGAUGGCCUCGGCCGUGUUCGAAGGCACUUCGCUGGUGAACAUGUACGUGCGGGGCUGCUGGGUGAACGGCAUCCGGCGACUCAUCAUCAGCCGGCGGGGCGACGAAGAGGAGUUCUACGAGAUCCGCACCGAGUGGUCGGACCGCAACAUCCUCUACCUGCACCGCAGCUACUCCGACCUGGGCCGCCUCUUCAAGCGCCUCCUCGACUCCUUCCCCGAAGACCGGCCCGAGCUCUCCCGCUCCCCUUUGCUCCAAGGGCUCAUCACAAUAAAAGAAGCCCAUGAUAUAGAAGCCAGACUUAAUGAAGUGGAAAAGCUUCUGAAGACUAUAAUAAACAUGCCAUGGAAGUAUUCAAGAUCUGAAGUAGUCCUCACAUUCUUUGAGAGAUCUCCUUUGGACCAAGUUCUAAAGAAUGACAAUGUCCAUAAAAUUCAACCAAGCUUUCAAAGUCCAGUUAAAAUAUCAGAAAUCAUGCGAUCAAAUGGAUUUUGUUUAGCGAACACUGAAACAAUAGUCAUCGACCACAGUAUACCCAAUGGAAAAGAGAAGCACCUGGAUGUGGAUUCAGCAGAACACUUGUUUGAAAGUGUGAGUGACUUUACCUCAGAGCUAGAAGACAGUGAUGACCCAACGGCAUAUGUCACCAAUUUGACAUACUACCAUCUGGUCCCAUUUGAGACUGAUAUUCUGGACUGAGACUGUUCAAUGCCACAGUCAGCCAGCAUCCAGCCAACCUCUUCGUCCAUAAGCUCUGCUAUCUCCAGCAUUGCAUCUCAGUGAAUAAGGCUGUGCAGGCAAGACCAACAGCUAAGAAGCUGCAGCAAGUACACCACAAAGCUGGCUUUGUAGUCUGGCCUUCUGUUGUGUCUUGCAAAGAUGUCUUGUAAGGAGGUAGCUGCUUCACUGUGAACAACAAACUCAUUUUCCAUGAAAACAAGGCAGCAGAGGCCUCCUGGGACUUGAGGAAAUCCCUGCAAUGUCUGUGGUAACUGCAGCUCUGAUACAGCCACUAGAACUCGUGCUGUGGUGUGCUAUCACCCAUGCUUCUUGGCUUGCAGUGCAAGUUGAGGCUUCCUCUUUUAGGAUACCACCAGAAACUUCCCCAGAUGUUGUGCCCACUCUUUUUAUGCUGUGUAAGUGAGAAGGCAAGCAAACCAGCUGAAUUUUGUCAGUUCCCUCUGCAAUUGCUUAAUGGAUGCCUUGAAGGUCACUUCUUGCUCAGCUGCCGGAUGACUGGUGCCUUACACGAGACGUCAGAAACACCAUUGAGUGCCUCUAGGAUACAGUACACGAGCUGACUGCUUUACUUCUUUUAAUCCUGGGUUUUUAUGUAAUCACCGAAGAGAUGACUACUCUUUCCCUCUUUCCACGAGUAGUAAAGCAGACAGCAGCUGGCAUUGCAAUGGGCUACACACGAUGUUUAGGUACCUGAAUGAUGUCAGAGAUAUGGAAAGCUGGUGGGAAAGCUGAGCUGCCCUGCUAAGGGCGGUCAAGGCUACGACAGGCACUUGGAUAUGAAUUUUGUCACGUGGACCAGAAAAUGUGAAUGGUGCUUACAGUUGUUUACAUCAGAGAGAUAGUUCCCUAUGUAUGUUUCUACCCAGAGGAUGGGGAGGAAGCCAAUGAGAUUGCGUGUUUGGACUGAAAAAGAACAAUAAGCUACAGCGUGCCUACAAUAGUAGGAAAAACACCCACUCCCAGGCCUGCCUGACUCAAAGGGUCUUUCUGGCUUUCUGAGAUACGCCUGCAGGGCUGGGUGCAGGCUUUGUUGUCACGUGAAUGCAUUGGUGACAGUGGAAGCACGAGCAGGAUUGCAACCUGCAACCUCUUGACUACUGAGUAGUGCAAGGUUAAAAUCUCAUUGGGGUCUCUCUCUUGCAGAGUGCUAUGAUCUCCAAGCUCUCAUGGUGAGAGUUCAGCACUCACUGUCAUGGCCUGUCGUUGAGCUUUUUGUGAUCUAAUUGCAAAUAUGAAAUUGAAGGGAUUGAAAUGUGAAAGAGGACAUUUUGAACAUUUCCUUGUAGAGGGGCUUACGUUGUCCUGAAGAAGUUGGUACAACUCCCUUCCUUUGCAGACUUCUCAUUUCUGUCUGUAGAAUAACAGUCAAACAGCAUUUGCUAAUGUAAAUAAUAAAUUAUUUAGAAUCCUAAUUCUUUUACACAGUAUGUUUUUUAAAUAUAUUUUAAAUGAAAUAAAAUAUAACUCACUGUCAGUACACUUUGCAACUUGAGAUGGUGGCUUCUUUCUUUUUCUUUUUCCAUCUCUGAAGAUUCUUUCACAAUCAUGCCGAAUCCUCCUUGUUUCCAAUAGUUUUGAAAAAAUGCUGAGUUUACACGACUUCUCCUAUGCUGCAUGAGUUGCCUAUACUGCCAAUACCUUACAUGCUCAUGUGAAACGUCUUAGCCUCACUGUUGAUCUUGUGUAUAGGUGUAUGUGGCUUAAUGCCACUAAGUUCAGUGGAGGAAUUCUGCACUUUUACAACCUUAAGUGAAAACUAGUCUGGCGCAUAUGCUUUUUGAAGAUCAUGGAGAUCUUUGUACAUUAAACUUCUGAAAUAGAAGGGGAUAUGCCCAUACUUGUGUAAGGCUUUCUGAACAGACUCUUGAGUUUAAAAUGUGUUUCUUUGUUUGUUUGUUUGUUUGUCUUUAAUUUUGUUAGUUAUAAUUCUUCAAUUCUUUAGUGAUUUAAGUUAAUCGUGGUGGGUUAGUAUCUAGUAAAUAAAUGUGUUGGAUUGAGAGUUCAAAUAUUUGAUUUCAGUCCCUGGUUCUACUGUCAGCAUACCAUGUUGCUUUUGGUGAAUCUACUUUGUCUCCUCAUGUCUUUCCUAGUAUUAUGUUUUCUAGAGCACCGAAGUGUCACUGUUUUUGGUCGUGCUCUUGUCCCCUGGUUUGUUUGAAUGUUCUUAAGAAUUUUUAACCCCAUUAUAAUUACUUACCUUUUUCAAAGCACUUUAAGAUCUAUCAUUUAAAAAUGAAAGAGAAACACUGCUAAUUUUUGAAAGGUAAAAACACAUUCCUCAUUUUAAACGGUUGCAUGCAUGUUGAAAUCUUCAUGGAAGGAGGAGUGUAAUGAGAAGGAACUCAUCUGCAAACAGAAGUUGCACCAUUUUACUUGGAUUUUUCAGAAGCUAUUUUUAUCAAGUAUUUUCAAGUGGUGUUGCUGUGUAACUUAUUUCACUUCACUAAAAUCUAUUUAUUUGAUAAAUCAAAAGAAUGUAAAUGACUGUGUAUAUUGCUUUGUGCACAGAAUCAAUUUAAAAUUACCUUUGGUUAAAUCGCUGCAACUUUCUCCAGUGGACCAGGUCUCUACAACUGGGAGAGGUUCAGAGUAUGAAUUAUGCAUGUAGUAGGUUCAUACAUUCAAAAUAGAUCUGUGGUGAAGCAGUCUUUGAGGAAUAAAAAGAAGCUUGCCUUUUACAAUUCAAGACGCAGAUUGUGUGUGCUCAAGGUUUUGUUAAAUGAUUAUUAAGACAGUAUUUAGAAUCAUAGAAGAGUUGAUUCUACUGGAAGGGACCACAAGGUACCCUGAGUCCAACUGCUGGCUCUGUGCAGCACCACCAAACCUUAUGAGAGCACAGUCCAAACAUUCCUUGAACUCUGGCACUUGGGGCCAUGCCCACUGCCCUGGGCAGCCUGUUCCAUGCCCACCACCCUUUGGUGAAGAACCGUUUCCUAACCUCCAGCCUGACCCAGCCCUGAAGUAGCCCUAUGCUGUUCCCUCAGGUCCUGUCACUGUCAUCAGCGAGCAGAGAUCAGCACCUCUAUUUGAGUGAAACAGUAGAAAGUUAGAAAUUUGAAUUUAAGUUUCCAGUGGAGCCUUCUUGCUUGUGUAUGUCAUGGUACAGUCUUCAGAAUUGUCUGCAUUUCUGCAGGAUUCUAUUUUGACCAGCUGUUCUCCAGCUCAUGUCUUAAAGUACUCUGAAUUACUCUGUCAGGCCAGACUGAGUAAUGUUCCUCCGCAGUGCUGGGGUAACAACAUCACCACUGAACAGGCACACACUUCUCCUGUGUCCUGAUAGAUCUUCCUAUGGUGCUUGGGCCACUCAGCUUCCCAGGUAAUGUCCUCAGUGUUACACAAAAGUGAGAGGAGACCUUGGCCUGUAGGAACUGUCAGCUGAACCAUCAAGCAUUCAGAAGGUAAUAAAAGAUGGCAAAGUGGAGUCCCAAGUGCUCACUCUGCGGAUCAAACAUUUUUCUUCUUUUGGAAUGACUCUUCCAGGUCACAAAACAU